AUGGCCCCUAAGUUUGACCCUAAUGAAAUCAAGAUCAUCUACCUGAGAGCCACGGGUGGUGAAGUCGGUGCUUCCUCUGCUCUGGCUCCCAAGAUUGGUCCUCUUGGUCUUUCCCCCAAGAAGGUUGGUGAAGACAUUGCUAAGGCCACCAAGCAGUUCAAGGGUAUUCGUGUCACUGUCCAGCUUACCAUCCAGAACCGUCAGGCUACCGUCUCUGUUGUUCCCGCUGCCUCUUCCUUGGUCAUCACUGCCCUCAAGGAGCCCCCACGAGACAGAAAGAAAGAGAAGAACAUCAAGCACAAUGGUAACAUUCCCCUGGAGGAGAUUAUUGACAUUGCUCGCCAGAUGCGCCACAAGUCCUUUGCCAAGGAGCUCUCCGGCACUGUCAAGGAGAUUUUGGGUACUGCCCAGUCUGUUGGCGCUAGAGUCAACGGCAAGCCCGCUCACGUCACCAUUGAUGCUAUCAACAACGGUGAGGUUGACAUCCCCUCCGAGUAA